AUGGAUCCUGUCGCAAUUGCAGAAUGCGGAGGACGCCUCCAGGGUUCCGGCUCAUUCUCCAGCCCCAACUACCCCAACUACUACCAUGACAACGCCUACUGCGUGUGGCACAUUUCAGCUCCGUCUCAGCAGCAAGUCGUUUUGACCAUCACUGACGUACAACUGGAGAACUGCUGCAGCUGCGACUACAUCGCGGUGUAUGACGGACCGUCCCUGAGCUCCCAGCCCCUUGGAAAGCUCUGCUACAACAACAUCACAGACUACUUCCACUCCUCUUCCAACUACCUGACAGUCCUCUUCCGCAGUGACAGAUCGGUGUUCCGCAAUGGGAGGAUUGUGUACACCAAUGGCGUGCGGGCGUACCGGUCUCAGUCGGGUGAGAUCACGCGCCAGUCUCACUUCACGCUGCAGGUUCUGUGCAGAAUGGAGCAGGACUCCACAGCGCAGAUCAUGUACGUGGCGCGAGAGGAUGAAGCGGGGAACAUCACGGGGAGCGGCAGAUUCAACCUCACCAUGGGCUUCUUCACCUCCGGAAACUUCUACUACCCUGUGUACGACUCUCCCUACGUCGUCACCCUCAACCAGUACCUGUACGUGCAGGUGAAGCUGAGGAGGUCGGACAGCAGCCUGGUUCUGUUCCUGGACACCUGCGUGGCCUCACCCUCCCCGCACGAUUUCCACACCAGGUCCUACGACCUGGUCCGCAACGGCUGCCGGAGGGACAGCACCUAUUACCAGUAUUCCAGCGGCACUAGGGACGUGGCCCAGUUCCGCUUCCAGGCUUUCACCUUCAUGCGCAGCCACUCCGCGGUCUACCUGCAGUGCAAGGUGGCCAUAUGCAGGGCCAACGACUACAACUCCCGCUGCAGCCAGGGGUGCCGCAUGCGCAAGACCAGGAGCCUCAGGUCAACCGCCAACACUGAGACCGCCACCGUCACCCUGGGUCCCAUCCAGCUCAGAGAUCUUAAAAAGCCAGAGGUGGGGCUUCCUGAAGAAGGCGUGGUCCAGACAGAGGUGUGA